AUGUUGAAACACGUGCACCGAGCAAAAUGUGCCGACACACUUAGCAUUGUGUCUACAGCAAGUUCUUUCAACCAUGAGCCUAUGUCUAGUAGAUGUUCAAGCAUAACGUCGUUGAACAUUUCAAAUCCAGUUGAUACAAUCAAAGUGUACACAAAGUGUUUGCGUGCCGAUCUCGAGUAUAAAACACUCGGGCUGGCUUAUACGACGACUUGCAGUGAAGUGAUAUCCAUUCUGCUCAACAAAUACCGAAUGCGUCACAGGGACCCGAAUUUGUUUUUCAUGACCAUGGAGAUAAACCUCAGGAAAAUCGGACUCAGAACCGUAUUCGUCCUGGACAACGAAUCGUGUCCUGCCGUGUUGCAGUCAUGCCAUCCCAGAGGAGAAUCGAGGUUUUGCUUGCAAUCUAAAAAAGGUGGCCUUGUGAAAGUGUACGACGGCGAACUGAUGCCAGGGUCCAAGUAUAAAAGCUUAUUAAUUUCCGAACGCACGACCGUCGACGAGCUGAUCAAAAUAUUGCUCAACUGUUAUAAUAGCAAAGAGCAAGUUGAACAGUUUUCUUUGUACGAGUUAUCGAAAUCCGAAGAAUACCAACGCAAACUCCACCACGAUGACAUGCCAUUGAACGUGCAAUGCUGUUGGCCCUCCAAUAGGGACUACAUUUUCAUCAUUAAAAGGAAUCCGAAUUAUAAGUCGAAACAAGUGCAGACAAUUUGGACCGACCACCAUGAAGAAAAAGAAGAACCUUCAACAAACGAAUACGAAAAUUUUAUUUAUAUAUAA